UAAUAUAGCCAAGUCCUUCCUGGAAAUGAUAGUUUUCACCUCCCUAUGUUGCAAGUGAUCUCUCUGGGUGAAAACCAGUUCAAUGGACCUAUCCCUUUGGGUCUCUCCACCUGUCAGAACCUCGAAACGCUUGGUCUUUCAGUGAAUAAUUUCACCGGUACUGUGCCUUCAUGGCUGGCAACACUGCCAAACCUCACCAUAAUAUAUUUGUCAACCAAUGAUCUCACUGGAAAGAUCCCCAUUGCGCUGAGCAACAGUACAUGGCUUCUUGGGUUGGACCUCAGUGAGAACAAUCUAGAAGGGGUAAUUCCACCGGAAUUGGGACAGUUGAGAAACCUCAGAUAUCUAAGCGUUGCAACUAACCAAAUAAGUGGUGUCAUUCCAGAUUCCUUAGGCAAUCUAUCCGAACUUACUCAAAUAGACUUAGUUAUAAACAAAUUGACUGGAUCUGUGCCACUGUCAUUUAGAAAAAUGCUGAAUCUCCGUGGCAUCUAUAUCGGCGCUAACCAACUCAGUGGGAAUCUUGAUUUCCUGGCAGCACUAUCCAAAUGCAGGAGCCUGGAUACAAUUAACAUAGCAGAAAAUAAAUUCACAGGGAUGCUACCAACUUACAUGGGAAAUCUCAGCUCAACCCUUCAAUAUUUCAUUGCGUAUAACAAUAGAGUCACUGGAAGCAUCCCUAAUACAUUUGCUAAUCUGAGCAACCUGCUGGCACUGUCUCUCAGUGGAAACAACUUGAGUGGGAAGAUCCCAACAACCAUUACUGCAAUGAACAAUCUCCAAGAACUCAACCUCUCCAACAACAGCUUGUCUGGCACUAUCCUUACAGAAAUCAGUAGACUAACAAACCUAGUUGAGUUGCAUCUUGAUGGCAAUAAACUAACCGGUUCCAUUCCAAGCAGUGUCAGUAGCCUAAGCGAACUGCAAAUUAUGAGAUUAUCCCGAAACUCAUUGUCUUCAACCAUACCAAUAGGUCUGUGGCAUCUCCAGAAACUUAUUGAGCUUGAUCUAUCACAGAACUUCUUAAGUGGAUUCCUGCCCACUGAUGUAGGAACAUUGUCAGCGAUGACCAUUAUGGAUUUAUCAAGAAACAAACUAUCAGGUGGCAUCCCGAUUUCCAUUGGUGAACUUCAAAUGAUGAUAUAUCUGAACCUGUCCAGCAAUUUAUUUCAAGGGUCGAUACCAGAUUCAUUUGGCAGAUUAGUUAGUAUUGAGGAGUUGGAUCUAUCCUCCAAUGUGCUUUCUGGAGCCAUUCCAAAAUCCUUGAGCAAUCUCAGUUACCUUGCCAACUUGAACCUUUCUUUCAACAGACUGGAUGGAAAGAUACCAGAAGGAGGGGUGUUCUCAAAUAUCACCCUCGAAUCAUUGAUGAGAAACAACGCUCUCUGUGGUCUUCCCCGCCUAGAAAUAGCACCAUGUCAGAACGACACUGACCACUCACGAUCAAAACUAGAGUUGUUAAAAUUCAUAUUACCUGCAGUCCUGGCAAUUAUUGUUUUAGCUCUGUGCCUAUAUAUGUUGGUAAGAGUGAAGGUGAAUAUAGGAAGAAAGGUGACAGUACCCUCAGACACAGACUUGCUAAACUAUCAGUUGAUCUCAUACCACGAACUUGUCCGCGCAACCAGCAACUUCACUGAUGAUAACUUGCUAGGGGCUGGAAGCUUUGGGAAAGUCUUCAAAGGUGAAUUGGAUGAUGGAUCUGUGGUUGCAAUAAAGAUACUAAACAUGCAGCAUGAACUAGCUUCCAAGAGCUUUGACACAGAGUGCCGUGCACUUCGAAUGGCUCGGCACCGGAACUUGGUGAAGUUAAUUAGCACUUGCUCCAAUCUUGACUUCAGAGCACUAAUUCUUGAGUAUAUGCCUCAUGGUAGUUUGGACGAUUUGUUGUACUCAAAUGAUGGGAGGCAACUCAGUUUCCUUCAAAGGGUUGGCAUAAUGCUGGAUGUUGCAAUGGCGAUGGAGUAUCUCCACCACCAGCACUUUGAAGCUGUCCUGCAUUGUGAUUUAAAGCCAAGCAAUAUCUUGCUCGAUCAGGACAUGAUUGCACAUGUUUCUGACUUUGGUAUUUCCAAGCUGCUAGCUGGAACUGAAAAUUCCAUCACGUUAACAAGCAUGCCUGGCACUGUAGGAUACAUGGCUCCUGAGUUCGGAUCAACAGGAAAAGCAUCACGUGCCAGUGACAUUUACAGCUAUGGAAUUGUUCUCCUAGAAGUCUUCACAAGGAAAAAGCCAACUGAUCCCAUGUUUGUCGGUGAGUUGAGCUUGAGGAGGUGGGUUAGUCAGGCAUUCCCGCAUGAACUCUCAAAUGUAGUUGACAGUAUUAUACUGCAAGAUGGUAUGGAAGAUGAAAGUAGGCCUCCCGAGAACUUCAGCAUUUUGAAUAUCAACCUAAUAUCCAUUAUAGAGUUGGCCUUGCUUUGCUCAAGUGUUGUACCUGAGGAAAGAAUGCCAAUGAAGGAUGUGGUAGUGAAGUUAAACAAGAUCAAGUCGAAUUACAAUUCACAGCUUGGAAAAUAUGGGUACAUUCAUCAGAAGACUUGAUAUUCAAACUUUCAUCAUCAACAACUGAAAGGAAUAUUUCUUCUUAAUAUAUUGAUGCAUAGUUCUCCUGCGCGUUCGAGAAAAAAACUGAAAGGAACAUCCAUAGUUUUCAAGCACUGGCACGGCUCGGCUAGAAUUAAAUGAUUCACUUCAGAAGUACUAGCCGCACGUACUAAAUUGCCAGACUCUCACACCACAUGCCUAAAUCACAGAAAGAGUAAGUGUGCAUGACUGGAACAUCAGGAAAGAUUGCAGCUGCCGUAUUUUUCUUUUCUUUUUCCAGUGCAAGUAAAUUUCUGAUGUCAAGUUUCCGAAGCAAAAGUAAUGACGUGAGCAUGUAUUGUUGCUUGAGAUAUAUUUAUUUACGGUGCACUAGCUGAUGCAGUGAUGCUAUCAA